UUUGAAUUCGCGGGACCGGGGUAGAAGCCUACGUAAAAGAAAACCAGAUCUGGAUUCACAUUUGAAUUCCCAAAUCCGCCAACCAAAUUUUCUCUCUUUUUCUUUCUCGUUCCCACAAACCAAACAAGAACAAGAUACGACUUUUCUUUAUACACUUUCUCUUCCCUCGAUUCUCUGUUUGUUUCUCGGGAAAACAUCCAUGUCUUCGUUUGUUUCUCGAGAAUCUGAACCUAAUUCACGAACUCUUUACUGCCGUAAAGAGAAAUCUCUGGGCCUUUUAUGCUCCAAUUUCUUGGCGUUGUAUAAUCAUGAUGGUGUUCAAACGAUUGGACUCGACGAUGCCGCAUCAAAAUUAGGGGUGGAACGACGUCGUAUUUAUGAUGUAGUGAAUAUAUUGGAGAGUAUUGGAGUGGUGGCAAGAAAGGGGAAGAAUCAAUACUCAUGGAAGGGUUUUGGAGAAAUUCCCAGGGUUUUGGAGAAGCUCAAGGAAGAGGCAGUGAAACAGAAUUUCUGUUUUUCAGGUUGCAACAAAUCAUUAAGGGUCUCAGAUGAAAAUGAAAGUGGAGUGUCCUUAAAUUUGAAGAUUGAUGGGCAAGAUAAUCCUUCAGAAUCAUCAAAACAUAUUGAUACCAAACGAGAAAAAUCUCUUUGGCUUAUUACGCAGAACUUUGUCAAGCUUUUCCUUUGCUCAGAAGCUGAAAUGAUCACCCUUGAUAGUGCUGCGGUUGCUUUGCUGGGUGAUGCCCACGAUUCAACUGCUAUGAGAACAAAAGUUAGACGGCUGUAUGACAUUGCCAAUGUGUUUGCUUCUAUGAAUUUAAUUGAGAAGACCCACCAUCCUGAGAGCAGGAAACCGGCAUUUAGGUGGCUGGGAUGGGGAGCCAAACUUCAUAAUGGAUCAAAGACAGCUUUGGUUUUGAAUGAAUCAAAGAAGAGGGUGUUUGGGACGGAGAUUACAAACCACAGUUUAAAGAGAACGAAGGCAAACUCCUCAGUUCAUCAGAAGUCACAACAGAAGGAAAAUAUUGCAACGCAUAAUAAGCACGAGAGUAUAGAAUAUGAUCAUGAAAUAUAUAAACUGGAGCAGCAUUCGAAGCAGAGCUCCAAGGGUUUUGUAUUUGGUCCUUUUACUCCUGCAGGAAUGCCCUCAGGAAACAAAAAUGUGAGACCAGUUCGGGACUGGGAGAGCCUUGCUUGUACUUACAAACCUCAGUAUCUUAAUCAAGCCCUUAGUGACCUUUUUGCUCAUUACAUGGAAGCAUGGAAGUCUUGGUAUGCUGAAGUUGCUGGAAAAGAAGAGAUUCAUUUAAGUUCCUGAUCCCCCUCUCAGGUUCUCUAACUCAAGAUGACCAAGUAAUACACAUGUUCAAAAUGGAACGCAACAUUUUUACAGGUAUAUGACACCUUUGUUGGAUGUAUUUUCUCGAUCCAACCCUUCCCGGUAACCAUAACCUUUCGCUUGAUACAUUCCUUAAUUCCCUCUCUGAGCUUCAAGCUCUUCUACAUUUUUCUUCUUUUCUUGUUUAGAAUCUUGAACAUGUAAUAAGUUCCUGAAUUGCUGAUUAAAGAUAGAAGAAAUUAUUAUGAAUUUGAAGGGUUUUUUGGUUUCAUCAGUAUCUAUUAAUCAGUUUUCUGGUUUCUAUAAAAGGCAAAGAAAGUCAUGACUGCUUCUAUUUGCAACCUGUUAUUGAUCUUGUCCACUCGUUUUUCCAUUGAUUUCCUCCCUUGUCUGAAAUUACCAGCUAAACCCUCAACAUAAUUACAGGGUUCCCUGUUAAAAGCUAUCACAUCAUUGUUUCUGUUAACAUCAUGGUGCAUUUGUCCUAACCGGACCGAAUAAUCCUUAUCUUUUCAAGGGCUUAUAUCAGGAUUCAUUUUCAAGUCUUUAUCAUCAUAUAUCUAAUUGGUGAGGGGACCCAUUGGUGGUGAAUCCUGAUGUUGCACCAAAAUCAUUAAUUCGAAGUUUGACUAAAUGACCAACUUUUUUUUUUGUUGUGAAGUGAAAAUGUUUUUGUAAUCUUUCAUUGUUUUCAUAUCAAGAUGAAACCAACCAUUAAUGAGUUAUUCCAUUUGACGUCAGAGAUGUGGUUGCAAGAAAUAUCCUUUGCUUCCCCUCUCAGUAAGCAUAUAUGCCAAAGAAAACUUCUCUACUCACCAACAUUUUCUCACGCUUGAAAGGAUUAAUUAAUUUUAUAUUUCGGCAUCAUGGUGAGCGUUAUUCUCAUUGUUUCAUAAUUACAUUUUAUAAUUGGACUUUCAAGUCAUUUCCCUCUUCAAAUUAUCUUUUAAUUUAUUCAUCAA